AUGGAUAACUCUCCCUACCCCACGAAUGGUAUAAACGGAACCUCCAAUCCUCACAGCUACCCGUCGCCGGCAUCCUUCUCGCCUCACCACGGUCAGCCAGGUUCCCCUCUACCUCAGACGCUGCCGCCGCUGCAGCCUUCCACCACCAGCAUGCAGCCCAUGUACGGUAGCAACCCGCACACCCCGCGCACUGGUACGCCGAACACGCCAAACUCUGCGCACAACCUGCCUCCUAGCUACCCUCAGAGCACCCAGGCUGGUCAGCGAGGCGGCAUGUACUCGAUGGCUCAGAACCCGUACCCGCCGCACACUGGCUACGGUACGUCGCAGCCCAUGAUGCCCGGCGCCACCACGUCUGCUUCUCACCCGCAGCCCAUCGCGCCCGCGCCUGCCGGUGGCCGCGGUCCUCCCGUCCUGCGCCCCAUGCCUCCCGGUGGCCUCAUGGGCCAGAACGGCGUUGGCUCUCCCUACGGCCCGGGCCCUAUGAUGCCUCAGAACGGCGUCAUGGGCGAGAGCGAACAGCCCACCCAUGUUGUUGGCUCCCAAGGCCGCAGAGGCAUCCUGCCCAGCGCCCCCGGCCGUCCCGCCGCUCCCGCUGCCGGUACUUCUGCUGCAAAGAACACUGUCAUUCCGGUCAAGGAUGCCGACGGCAAGUUUCCUUGCCCUCACUGCACCAAGACCUACCUGCACGCCAAGCACCUGAAGCGUCAUCUCCUGCGUCACACCGGCGACCGCCCUUACAUGUGUGUUCUCUGCCGCGACACCUUUUCUCGCAGUGAUAUCCUGAAGCGCCACUUCCAAAAGUGCUCCAUCCGCCGUGGCAACCCCACCGGAGCUUCGCAUCUUUCUCACCCUCAGGCGCACGUCAAGAAGAAUGCCCAGGCUCAAAAAGCUCAAGGCAUGCCCGAAGGCGACAUGAGCCACAUGAAUGGUAUGCCCGGUGACGGCAUGGUGCAUCCCUUCGGUAUGGUCCAGGUCCAGGAUGGCAUGAACGGUAUGCCUGGCGACCAGCACCAGCUCUCCCGCUCAUCUAGCAUGGGACGUAUGGACAACCCCGCUAACGGCGAUCGUCGUGGCAUGGCUCCUCCUGGCAUGGGUGGCGGUCAGCCUUAUGGAGGCGACGUCAACCCCAUGAACGGACAGAGCAUGCACGGCUACAAUGUCCCUCCCGGCCAGAGUGGUAUGCCCAUGUAUGGUGGAAACAACAACCCUCCUCAGUCCAGCCUUGACUGGGCUCAGAUGUUCCCUCCUGGUGCUGGUGCCCAGAACCGCUCUUAA